UAAAACCCCUGAGCCUUUCAGUCUCUCAAUCUCAGAACUUGGAGCUAAACAACAGGAGCAGAAAAGGCCGCAUUUGCCAAUGUUCAUUUAAAAUCCGUAAUCCAAAUGGCAGAAACCAUGGAUCAUGACUUCCCCACUCCUCACUUACUCAAAAUGAAAGCAAAUGCAGAGAAAAAUGACACAGAGACACAAAGCAGAGGCAUGUCCCUCCUUUAUCUGCAAGGCAUGCUCCUGCAUUCCGCAUUUGCCUUUUGAUCAGGAUGUUGGGCAAAGAGACCCAAGUGCUUACUUUGUUGCCUCCGUUAGUCGGGAGAUAACCUAACCUUCUUCAUAUUCUUACCGUGACCUAUGUUAAAUUAGGAGGCGUACCAGAGGCUAGAAAUUAUGACAUGUCCUACUUGAGCCCAGGUGCAGCUUAGGCAGGACUCUCUCAAUAUUAUUUCACCCAGCACAUCUGGGAGUUACUCCAGAUCUUCCCCCUCAAUAUGCAGCCUGGGUAGGGUUGAAAUAAAUUUAACCUGAGUUCACUGGAUUUUUGCACUUUAUCAAGAUCUGUUCCAAUAUUCUACACUCAAAUUAAAAUCUAUUUUUUGAUUCUCUGUGGCUUUAAGUUCAUUAAGUGUGAGAUUGGCAGCUUGCUAAAGAAGGUCAGGCUGAUUAACUGUUUAAGACUUGUACAUUUUCUGCUCACUUUUCCUUAACUGGCGGCAUCCUGGACAGGCUUUGUAGUUUGUGAUUUUUUUUUUUAAUUUUUUUAGUUUUAGUUUUCCUUUUUUUUUUUUAAAGAUACCAUAAACAAGAUUUUCCAGCCUUCCUUUCUUGACUUGCAAGGUUUAAAAAAAAUGAUAAAAGCUUCUUAAAUAAAUGCUGGAGUGCAAAGUUAAAAAAAAAAAAAACCCAGGCAAGCAGGAAAGAAAGACAUGUCUUGUUAUAACAUUUGCUGGUGAUUAUGUGUGCAGAAAUAGUCCCAUAAUGAAGCAUUUUGGAGCUCAUUCAGAAAAUUAGUCAACUUUGACUACAUUAGGUAAAGUGUCUCAACCCCGAAGAAAGGCUGCAGCCUUCUGAGGUAUAGAGCUUGGGUGUCCACUCUGAUUUUUAAUGUCAUGGAUGCCACCAAGCACAAACACGUUCAGAAUAUUUUAGGCAUUCUUUUCUCCGGGAUGAAAAAAAAAACAUGACUAAUUGGCUUAUUUUCCUAAGUACCCAGGAGCUCCCGUUCAGGGAACAUGCUUGGGAAGAUGUGACAGUGACUGUGGUGUUCCUGGGCUUGCGUGGCGUGGCUGGGGAGGCAGUGUGAGGUUCACCUCACUGCCAUGGGUAGCUAGGUGAACGCAGCCCUACCUCAGACUGCUGUGGCAGUCCUGUGUGGUUGCAGCAGCCUUCUGUGCUGAGGCCAUGUGUGCACAGUUAGGACAGAGAUCCACACACAAAGGCUGUGUUCUCCCUCGCCUGCUCUUCUAGUCCUGGGCACAAUAGACAACCUACUCCGAACCUCUCGAAGCCAUUCUUACAGAUGAUGAACCAGACCACGGCCCAUUGGGAGCUCCAGAAGGGGACCAUGACCUUCUCACCUGUGGGCAGUGCCAGAUGAAUUUCCCAUUGGGGGACAUUCUUAUUUUUAUCGAGCACAAACGGAAACAAUGCAAUGGCAGCCUCUGCUUAGAAAAAGGUGUGGAUAAGCCGCCUUCCCCUUCUCCCAUCGAGAUGAAAAAGGCGUCCAAUCCCGUGGAGGUUGGCAUCCAGGUGACACCAGAAGAUGACGAUUGUUUAUCAACGUCAUCUAGAGGAAUUUGCCCCAAACAGGAACACAUAGCAGAUAAACUUCUGCACUGGAGGGGCCUGUCCUCUCCUCGGUCUGCACACGGAGCCCUAAUCCCCACGCCCGGGAUGAGUGCAGAAUAUGCCCCGCAGGGUAUUUGUAAAGAUGAGCCCAGCAGCUACACAUGUACAACUUGCAAACAGCCAUUCACCAGUGCAUGGUUUCUCUUGCAACACGCACAGAACACUCAUGGAUUAAGAAUCUACUUAGAAAGCGAACACGGAAGCCCCCUGACCCCGCGGGUUGGUAUCCCUUCAGGACUAGGUGCAGAAUGUCCUUCCCAGCCAUCUCUCCAUGGGAUUCCUAUUGCAGACAAUAACCCCUUUAACCUGCUAAGAAUACCAGGAUCAGUAUCCAGAGAGGCUUCCGGCCUGGCAGAAGGGCGCUUUCCACCCACUCCCCCCCUGUUUAGUCCACCACCGAGACAUCACUUGGACCCCCACCGCAUAGAGCGCCUGGGGGCGGAAGAGAUGGCCCUGGCCACCCAUCACCCGAGUGCCUUUGACAGGGUGCUGCGGUUGAAUCCAAUGGCUAUGGAGCCUCCGGCCAUGGAUUUCUCUAGGAGACUUAGAGAGCUGGCAGGGAACACGUCUAGUCCACCGCUGUCCCCAGGCCGGCCCAGCCCUAUGCAAAGGUUACUGCAACCAUUCCAGCCAGGUAGCAAGCCACCCUUCCUGGCGACGCCCCCCCUCCCUCCUCUGCAAUCCGCCCCUCCUCCCUCCCAGCCCCCGGUCAAGUCCAAGUCAUGCGAGUUCUGCGGCAAGACGUUCAAAUUUCAGAGCAACUUGGUGGUGCACCGGCGCAGCCAUACUGGUGAGAAGCCCUACAAGUGCAACCUGUGCGAUCACGCGUGCACGCAGGCCAGCAAGCUGAAGCGUCACAUGAAGACACACAUGCACAAGUCGUCCCCCAUGACAGUCAAGUCCGACGACGGCCUCUCCACAGCCAGCUCCCCGGAACCUGGCACCAGCGACCUGGUAGGCAGCGCCAGCAGUGCGCUCAAGUCAGUGGUGGCCAAGUUCAAGAGUGAGAACGACCCCAACUUGAUCCCAGAGAACGGGGAUGAGGAGGAAGAGGAGGACGACGAGGAAGAAGAGGAAGAGGAGGAAGAGGAGGAGGAGGAGCUGACGGAGAGCGAGAGGGUGGACUACGGCUUCGGGCUGAGCCUGGAGGCUGCUCGCCACCACGAGAACAGCUCUCGGGGCGCAGUGGUGGGCGUGGGCGACGAGGGCCGCGCCCUGCCCGAUGUCAUGCAGGGCAUGGUGCUCAGCUCCAUGCAGCACUUCAGCGAGGCCUUCCACCAGGUCCUGGGCGAGAAGCAUAAGCGCAGCCACCUGGCCGAGGCCGAGGGCCAUAGGGACACUUGCGACGAAGACUCGGUGGCCGGCGAGUCGGACCGCAUAGACGAUGGCACUGUUAAUGGUCGUGGCUGCUCCCCUGGCGAAUCGGCUUCGGGGGGUCUGUCCAAAAAGCUGCUGCUGGGUAGCCCCAGCUCGCUGAGCCCCUUCUCCAAGCGCAUCAAGCUGGAGAAGGAGUUUGACCUGCCCCCGGCUGCGAUGCCUAACACCGAGAACGUGUACUCGCAGUGGCUCGCUGGCUAUGCAGCCUCCAGGCAGCUCAAAGAUCCCUUCCUCACCUUCGGAGACUCCAGACAAUCGCCUUUUGCCUCCUCGUCAGAGCACUCCUCGGAGAACGGGAGCUUGCGCUUCUCCACGCCGCCCGGGGAGCUGGACGGAGGGAUCUCGGGGCGCAGCGGCACGGGAAGUGGAGGGAGCACGCCCCAUAUUAGUGGUCCGGGCCCGGGCAGGCCCAGCUCAAAAGAGGGCAGACGCAGCGACACUUGUCCUUCACACACCCCCGUUCGGCGUAGUACCCCGAGAGCUCAAGAUGUGUGGCAGUUUUCGGAUGGAAGAGCCCUUAAGUUCUGAGAAACUCUGAAGCCCCCAGGGGCGGGGCUGCACAUGCGCCGCCCAGCCGAUGUCAGCGAGCUCCGUCAUCCUGCUAGUUUGUGAUGUUUUCUGACAGUAGCCUCCAAGAAGACAAGAGUCCUGCCGAGUCCUCCCAGCCUGGGCCUGCAGUGCCAUUUUAUUUAUAUUUUUUAAUAAAACGUAAAAAGCAAAAAAACAGACCCACAUUGGAACAGUGAAUCCGUCCCAUUCAGAGGGCCCUCGGACUGCCCCGCGGUCGAAGAGGCGUCCAACCCUUGUGAAACCAGCCGACCUAAUUACCCGUGUUGUGGAGAUGAGCAUGAGUCCCUAACCCCUCGUUUCUAUACAUUCUAUGUUGUCUUUUAAAAAGUGUGCUUAACAUUGACAUAAUAAAUGUUGGAGCUUUA